UAAUUACCAAAACGAAGUAGCUAACACAGCAGUAAAGGCACUCCGAUUAACACAAUCGUUUGACACCUAGACGGACAUUAAUAUAGUAUCCCGCCGAACUGAAUAAUCUAUUUAUAAAUCACCCUACUAUUGAAAUCCCAAACAGGUUUUGGCCCGGGGCUAUAUAUUAGUAAGCGAUAUAGUAUAGCAGGACGUGGUGAUACAAAACAAACAAGAAUACGACCUCGCGCACUGAAACACUUGAAUAAAAGAACGUUAUCUCUGAAAGUUGCUUAAAGGUAACUAAGAAUGACUUAACAGAAACCUGAGGACAUUGACAGAAAGUAGCAACGUGGCGUUCAGCAAGGCUCGCGUAUUUUAGUGUAUUUCCUAAUGCAAUUUUGUGAGAAAAAAUGGCCAAAGUUGAUUGAUAUGCAUGACCUUCGACAAAUAUGUGUUGACAUCAAUAUUGAACAGUGAGGGAAGAAAUUAAACGUGGCGUUACACAGGGAUCAGGAAUUUAUCUAUAUGUUUUAAGUUGGUUUCUUAAUGACUAGAUGUUUAGAUGUGGUCGUAAUUCGAGGAGCGUGCAGAGAAGUUUAUUGCUGUGUUUGUCAACCAAAUAAGGCCAAGUGUAGCAUAUUGCUACGAAACGAUGAUACGAUUUAUUGACAGUGGACUUUUCUGCACUUGUAAAUACUUUAAUAUAAACUGUCGUGUAUUACUUCUGGUGAGAUUGUAGAUUGAUUCAACAAGGAUACUAGUGAGACCUAUAUUUUCCUGUGUUUUGUCGUUGGGAUUCUAUAUUAACUAAAUAUCAACUAAACGUUAACAUUUGUCAAUAUGUCGAGGUUCCAGUCCAGCAAAUUUCGACAAGGUGGACGAAGACAGAGGACAACAAGUUUAAAUUUAUUACGAAAAGAUAAAAGUUUCGAUCCAUACCAAGUCUUCGAGGUGAAUCAUCUACCAUGUAUGAUAUUAACUGUUAAAGUUAUUAAUGGCAAAAAUAUAUCCAGUGGUUGGGCUCAAGAUUUAGUUGACACACCAGAUCCUUAUAUCAGACUACGAGUACGAAAUGCUCCAAAUAGCAAACAACGAACCAAGACCAUCGACAAUGAAUGUAACCCCGUCUGGAACGAAACAUUCACAUUCCUAUUGGAUUUCAGGGAUAAAAAUAUUAUACAAUUUGAUUUGAUGGAAGCUAACUAUAUGUAUGAUCAAGUUAUGGGGACUGUAUAUUUUGAUACGUGUGAACUACAGAUUGAUGAAUGGCACCCUAAAAAAUUAAUAUUUUAUGAGACCUCUCAAGUAUUUGUUGAAAUUUUACUGCAGUGGGAUCAAAAUCCCACAUUACGAUAUAGUUUAUGUUUAUGUGAAGGUGAGAAAUCGUUUAGAGAAAACAGACGACGCAAAGCUUAUGAAGGAUUAAACAAAUUACUGGGCGAUCGAGGGCCAAAAUCUGUUAGUGAGGUUCCUACAGUGGCAGUGAUAGGAUCAGGAGGAGGAUUUCGAGCUAUGACAGCAUUUAGUGGUGUAUUUAAAGCUCUGAUUAACACUGGUAUAUUGGACUGUACAACAUAUGCUGGUGGUCUGUCAGGUUCUUCAUGGUUUUUAUCUACGUUAUACUCCCACCCCGACUGGCCAAAUGUCGACCCUGAUGUUAUUAUAAAAGAAUUAAUGAAGAACGUAGAUUCCAGUAUAUUGUGGUUGUUAAAACCCAAGAGUAUCUACAGAUAUCUCGAUAGAAUAUUACUGAAACGACGAGAAGGCCAACCUGUUAGUUUUACAGAUUUCUUUGGUCAUAUGGUCGGCGAGACUCUAUUAAGAGGGCGAUUAGACGUUAAAUUAACAGACCAAAGAGCUAGAAUAUCCGAUGGGGCAGCCCCCAUGCCGCUGUACACAUGUGUUCACGUGAAGAAAGACGUACCAGCACGUUCAUUUCAAGAAUGGGUAGAAUUUACGCCAUUUGAAAUAGGAUUUCCUAAAUACGGCACCUUCAUGGACUCCACGUUAUUUGGUAGUAAAUUUUUUAUGGGUAAAUUGUGCACAAAGUAUGAAGAACCGCCAUUACAUUUUCUACAAGGGAUAUGGGGCAGUGCUUUCUGUAUCUUAUUUAAACGUUUAUUAGAUGAUAAUAGAAAAUUAGAUCCGGCUGAGAUGAUUCGUCAAGAAAUGGGGAAAGAACUGGAAAAAAAUCAAGCAGAGGAACUAGCUGAUUCCUCGGAUUCCAGUUCUGACGAAACCGACGCGGAGGGCGAAAGUAGUUCCUCACAGGAGGACGGUGAAAAACCGCAAACGGUUGUCACAAAUGGGGGCGGAAAGGGAAUUCUAAAACACAAACCCGACUGUAAAUAUGAAAACAAAAAGAGCGGAAUCACGAUCAAGGUAAAAGAGAACGGAAGAAGAGUGGGAUUUGCUGAAGGAACGAAUAAAGAGAAAAUUAAUGAUGUCGACGUCACGGAUGGAAAGAUGACAAGGAAGAGAUCUAGUCGUAAAAUGAAGAAGAAGAGUUAUUGGAAAGGUGUUUUAGAAGGCAUAUUUGAAAACAAAAACUUCGAGUUACUGAGUACUCGAGCAGGUCGAGCAGCUGUCAUUCAUAAUUUUAUGAGAGGACUGUCCUUACAGCAGACAUAUCCGCUGUCUCCAUUCACUCCUGUCCACGAUAGAGUGGCCGAUGGCGAUGAAUUUGACGGAAUAUUUGAGAUGCACCCGACAAAUAUCAAACAUAUUUAUAUGGUAGAUGCUGGAUUGACCUUUAAUUCACCGUAUCCACUAGUACUGAGACCACAGCGGGGUGUCGACAUCAUCUUGUCCUUUGAUUUUAGUGCUAGACCCAGUGAUUGUACGCCUCCAUUCAAGGAAUUAUUACUUGCCGAGAAAUGGGCCAAGUUGAAUCGUCUGCCGUUCCCGCCCAUUGAUCCAUCGAUUGUAGAUCGGGAAGGUCUGAAGGAGCUUUACAUAUUUAAGCACCCCACUGAUCCGUGCUGUCCCAUUGUCUUACAUUUUCCUCUAGUCAACAUAGCUUUCAGAGAAUUCUCUAAACCAGGUGUGAAGAGAGAAUCUGACGAAGACUUGAAUUUCGCGAAUUUUGAUUUAUUCGAUGAUCCAUCCACACCGUAUUCCACAUUUAACUUCAAAUAUUCCCACGAACAGUUCACGCGGCUGUCAAAACUCACCGAGUUUAAUACUUUGAUAAAUUUAGAGGAAAUUAAAUCUUCUCUAGCCGAGUGUGUUGAACGGAAACGAGCAAAUCCAAACAGAAAAUCCAUCAACGCCAAAAGUUUCAAACUUCUCCGAAUGCAGAGUAUCAAAGAACGUAGGAAAUUGAAGAAAUUUGUGGAACGCGUAGACAGUUCUGUUAGAGGCAGUUGUCACGGUUCGGAAUCAUCUUCCCUAUCCAGUCCUGAUGUUCAGCAAGACGUGUGCCAAACGAACGGUGACGGAGAAUCGAGUACUCAAAGGGACGCCACUCUAAAAAGACAUGGAGUGCCCCGUAAAUCCACACUGGGCUCCUUAAACAGUAUUACGGAAAGUAUAUCGCUCAAUUCACCAACUGAUGAAAAAGAGCGUUUUUAUUCCACACGAGACACAAAACGGCAGUGUGGCUUCUGGCCCAAACCUGCACAAUACAUCGAUGAUGAGUCGGAGAUCGAAGAUGAUGAUGUCUGGUACGAUGCGGUGUGUAAUUCGGAAGAUGACGAGGAUUACGAAAUUAGCAUUUUCGCUAACACAUGAACAAUUAACAAACACCUUGACCGCUGAUUUAUUACCAUAGCAACUAUGGUGUAUCACGUGAUAUUCGCACAUAAGUUGCACGCACCUGCCCAUGGCAUUAAAGUGUGUAACAGAUCAUCACUUUGAGUUGUUUUUGUCAUCUCAUCCCAUUCAGCGAGGGAACCGUGUGAAAUUAAGUGAGGGGCUAGAAUAGUGGACACGCUUGAACACUUUUUUAAAAUGCACAUACUUAAUAAUGUGUUUUGAUAGCCAAUGAUGUAAAUUUAGUGCUUAUUAAUACUCUUAAGUCUUAGUUUCGUAUUUUCUUAUAUCAUUUGUUGGUAAUACGCUACACAUUCUCGUGGGUUUACUCCGGGUACUCUGGUUUCCUCCCACAGGAAAGACCCCUGCGCAUGCGCUUAUUAUACAAACAUAUCACCUUCUGUUCAAGCGAACAUUAAACAAUAUGAACAACUACAACCCGUGCGUUCAUUGGUGGAUACGUACUUUUAAGUUUCUUAAAGAAACGAAUUGAGUGUUAACGUCCCAUCUGUCUGCCAUAUGGGUUAAUGACGACGGCUGAUGGAUGUCACUUUAAGAAGCUAUACCUUUUUAAUUUAGGUCAAAAUAAAGAAAAGAAUUUGGUUGAAUUGUUUCAAGCUGAAUACCAUAUUAUAUCCUUGUUUCGAAAUACUAACCUGACAAGGACAGUUGUAUAGUCGUUCGUUCGGACGGGACAUAAAAUCGUGGUCCAGGUACUCAUUAGUGUGCACGUAAGACAUCCCUUGGCAGUUGGAAUUCGAUAUAAGAGUAGGUCUUAGUGUGCCGCAGUCCAGGCAAAUUUGGAAUUCGAUAUAAAAAUGGGCCAUAGUGCCGCUGCCCGGGCAAAAUUGUCCUCAUAACACACUGUAUGCACAUGCCCGUCUUCAUUAGCCCAGUCGGAGCAGAACAGUAGGACGUUAAACCCCAUUUCUUUUCAUUUCUAAAUAUUAAACUGGGGGUGCUGAAAAGAAGGGCGUUUAUGUAUACUCCGUUUUAUAUUUGUACAAUUCGAGAUGGAACUUUAAGUAAUUGUAAAGUCUACUAAACAUGAAACCGAUGAGCACGACAGACUUCUAAAAAUACAUAGGUCAAAAUUCUAUGAAAUACAAUUACUGUUGAUUACUGAAGGACGUUUUGACUAGGCUUCUCUAGUGUUGAACAAUAACACUAAUUGUGUUCCAUAUAAUUGUGACACGUGUAUUUCCAUGGAGUUCACUUACUAACUACAAUUGAAACAAUUCAAUGAUGAAUAUAUAACGAAUGCUAACCCGUUGUCCAUUUUUUUACGAUGCUAUUUCAAACAAACAUUUUUGUUCGUUUUUUUUAAACUACAAAAGCAUGCAUGCAUCUAGCUAAUUUAAGACUUUGUAUUUCUUUAUUUAGCCCUAAUAUGGGCAAUCUAUGUGUUUUAUGCCUCUGAUUGUCAUUUGGUGGAUUUUGAAUUUCUUUGUCUCACAAAAGUGUCACCACGUUAGAUUCGUAAAAGGAAUAUGAGGCCAAAAAUGGUUUAAUUCUGUUCAGUAUUUCCAAAGAUAUAAUGAAUUGAAUAUUUCACAACAUUCGUCAUUCAAUAAACAUAUUCAAUAAUAUAAACAAAUCUGUUUAAGGGGUAAAAUCCUUUAAAUGGGACCUGUUCUCAAAAUAAAUCGGAUUGGGUUUUUCUAUUGUUAAUUAAAUAUUACAUAAUGAAUUUGAGUACCACACGACAUGUUAGCGUCGUUGAAGACCUGGAAAAUUUUCCGAAAAUGCAAAUGGCGAUCAGAGGGUGUAUUCCCACGAAGGCGCAGUUAUUGAGCGUGACCAAAAUUAAUCCUUCCUGCGAAGGCGCAGAUAUCGACUUGUCGGCUUUCGUUUGAAGAGAGACAUGUUCUUAUUAGGACCCAAUUAACGGUGUUAAAGAUUUUAUGAAUUUAUGUUCACUCUGAAUUUUAUUCACCAAUUUUGCAACAAGAACAAAAUAUCAAUGAGAUUAGAAUCGUUCAGUAUGUUGGGGGACAGGAACCACCAAGGAAAGGCUACAAAUAUGCUCCAAUCCAAAGCCAGCCCCAGGGAUUUGGCGAAAUUAAACUAAUUUUUGUUAUAGUAUAGUUAUGUUUUUAUUUAUUUGGCGAAACUAAAUUAAUUUUUGUUAUAGUAUAGUUAUGUUUUUAUUUCUUAUGCCAAAACUGAUGCUAAAAUGUUGGUUAAUUAGUUACAUUGGGGAUUAUGAAAGUGUAAAUUCUUAUCAUAACAAUCUAUAACACCAUUGUUACGUUUUUAAUCCAUUUUAAUCCCUAGGGGCUGGAUUCCCGCGAAGUCGUCGAAAACGACAUUUUUUAAUCCGUUACGGUCAAUAACUGCGCCUUCGUGGGAAUAAACCGAUCAGAGUGGCUUUUUAGGUUUAAAAUAGCUUUACCCCUAUUAUGAUGAAAUUGAUAGUAUAAUAUUUUGAUUAUUUUGAUUGUUUCAUAAGAUAUCUUCUACACUUUUAAGCUCAUUCUUUUGCUCGUAAAUUGUUUUAAUUUAUUUAUUUUUUUUAUUUCUAUUCGACACAUUUAUUUUGUUCCAAUAUGGCUGUGCCUUUAAUGAAAUAAACCAUUCAAAGUA